UCGUAUAAAGAGAAGUGUGAAAGCCAGCAGAGCACACAACUGCACUGGACAUCCAGAGAGAAACUAAGGACACAGAUCAGACUUCAUUCUUACUGGGGCACAAUGGAAACCGAGAAGAAGACACAUACAGCAGCAGAGCAGAUGACUGACAGGGACUUGUCUGAACAAAUAAAAAAAGUGACUAAGGAGAGUCACGUUAGAGCAGAAAACACAGAACUGAUGCUGAGCUUCCAGAGGGGAAAGGUCACGCUUCCGCAAUAUAAGCUCCUCCUGUGUUCGCUGUAUGAGAUCUACCAGGCUUUGGAGGAAGAGAUGGACAGGAACUCGGACCAUCCGAGCGUCGCACCUAUUUACUUUCCUGCUGAACUGGCCAGGCUGAAGUCCAUUGAAAAUGAUCUGGAAUACUUCUAUGGUCAGGAUUGGAGAGAGAAGAUUGUCAUUCCUGCAGCCACUAAAAGAUACAGCCACAGGCUCAGACAGAUUGGCAAAGAAAACCCUGAAUUCCUGCUUGCCCAUGCUUACACCCGGUAUCUGGGUGACCUGUCUGGGGGACAGGUUCUUGGUCGGAUCGCUCAGAAGUCCAUGGAUCUGAAAAAUGGUGAUGGUCUGUCCUUCUUUGCCUUCCCUGGGGUGUCCAGCCCCAACCUGUUCAAACAGCUCUAUCGCAGCCGAAUGAACAGUGUGGAGCUGACAGAGGAGGAGAGGAACGGUGUGCUGGAGGAGGCUGUCAGGGCCUUUGAGUUCAACAUUCAGGUCUUUGAAGAUUUACAGAAGAUGCUGACUGUCUCUGACAACAACCUGCAGAGCUCGAUAACACAGUCCAAGCCAGUAAAGGCGAACACACUCCACAUGUCAGAAAACAUUUACACUUCUUCGUUGCUCAGGAUGGUCCUGGGACUGUUUGUGGCUCUGGCUACUGUCAGUGUGGGAAUGUACGCUUUAUAGAAAGAAACUCAAGAAAUACUGCAUAAUGAAGUGUUGCUGUUGAGGUUUGCUUUGGUACUGUAAACCUAAAAGCAGAAAAAUCCCCACCUGAUUAUAACUGUAAGAUUUUAAAAACGUGUACAGAUCACAAAAUACUGUGUAACAUUUAUGUAAUUUAUCCAUAGGAACCAUUCACACUCACACAUACGUGCAAUAAGUGUAAUAGAUUCUGAAUCUGUUGCACUGAUAUCCAGUGUGGUUGAAAAUGUGCAAUAUGUGUGCUUUAAAUACUGUAAAUAUUUAUGAACCUUUUAAUAAAAUAUUGUGCAGAAAGAAAAUAUCUCUAUCGUACUGUAUUGUGAAAUUUUUCUCCUUUAGUACAGUGAUCAUGAAGUUCAUUCUAGUAAUGAGCAUUACUCUGCUGAUGUUGAGGGUCCAGCUGGUGGACAUGUCCACUAAUGUUCUGGCACCCGACUACAUGCCUGCUGUUCAUUUGGCUCUUAGUCAUACAAGAGUUUGGAUGCGGGGAGCAAGUCCUUUUUAUAUGAUUUAAACACUAAAUAAACUCACUUGCUGGCAAGCCACCCACAGCACGCUUAAGAGUUUAUGCCUCCAUCAGGCUAACAUCUGCUUAACAAAUGUUGCAAGCUAAAAAACAAAUCUUAUUUCAGUUUUA